AAGCACUCUACCUAGUAGUCUCAUUCGAAUAUCAAUUACCAGUACUUCUUACUGAGGUACAUUCAAGAUGUUUUUCAAGCAACCUUUUACAGUACUCUUGUCCCUUUCCGCCACGGCUCUGGCUUGGGAUGCCCCAGGCUACAGUGGUUUUACACGUGUCUGGCAGGAUCCCUUUUCUGGCGCAGCCGGCACUCUACCUGACACUAGCCGAUGGAACAUUAUACAGGGAUACCUCAACGUCAACGCGGAACUUGAGGUCUAUACGUCAUCUAGUCGUAACGUCCAACGAAGUGGUGGCGACACCCUCCAGCUAGUCCCAUGGCGAGACGCUUCAGCCCUCAAGGGCUGGACUUCUGGCCGUGUCGAGAGCAAAUAUGUCUUCACACCUCAGCCAGGCAAAGUCACACGGGCUGAGGCCAACUUGCGCUUUGGCUCUUGUUCGAUCAACAACAAGCAAGGAAUCUGGCCUGCUUUCUGGAUGCUCGGAAAUAUUCUCCGUAACGGCGGUAGCUGGCCAUCUUGUGGCGAGCUUGAUGUCAUGGAGACAGUUAACGGCCAGUUGACCGGAUACGGAACUGCGCACUGUGAUGUUUACCCCGGUGGCAUUUGCAACGAAGGUACCGGAAUCGGUGGAACGGUUGGGCUGCCAAAUCAAGAUUGGCAUACCUGGAGGAUCGAGUUUAACCGCGCCAAGAGCAGCUGGCGAGAUGAGACUAUUACCUGGUUCCUGGACGGACAGCAGUUCCAUCAGAUCUCGGGUGCGAGAAUCAACAACGAAGGAGUCUGGAACACGUUGUGCCAUAGCCCCAUGUAUUUCAUCCUCAAUGUCGCUGUUGGCGGUACUUGGCCUGGAUAUCCCAACGGCAACACCUGCGACGGCUAUGGUAGCAUGAUGGAAGUCGGCUAUGUCGCCCAUUACUCUAACUAAGCGUGACUUGAUAAACAUCCCCGUCACUUCGACCUACUUCAUUAAUUCCUGUCGUUUCUACUUUUAUAUCCCUUUAUGCAUCGAGAUAUCCCAUCAUGUGUUGUUUAUCUAUUUUUGUGUUUUCCGAGCUAUCAGAUGGUUGUAUACUUCCACAUUCGUUCCUUGUUGUAUUAUUAUUAGACCUAGUAUAGAAAACAUAUUGCACACCUGUA